GGCCCUUCUGGCAGAUCCAUCAGACGCCGCCGUGUGGCUGAUGUCGUCAGAGGCCCACAGUGGGAUUGUGGGAAUGGUCAACUGUCUGCGUCAGGAGCCUGGUGGCAGCCGGAUCCGCUGCAUGUUUGUGUCCAAUCUGAAUGGAUCUUCAGCAACGCCAUGCCUGGAGCCUGGCCAGAAGUCCACGGAGUCAGCGAUGGAGGGGGAUCUGGUGAUGAAUGUGUUCAGAGACGGCCGUUGGGGAACUUUCAGACACCAGCUCAUCUCUCAAGAGCCAAAGGAGGAGCUGACAGAGUCUGCAUUCAUCAAUGUUUUGACUCGAGGUGACCUGUCCUCCUUGCGCUGGAUCACCUCCCCUCUCCGCCACUCCUCCUCCAGCAGCUCCUCUCUGCAGACGUGUCACGUUUACUACAGCUCUCUGAACUUCAGGGACAUCAUGCUGGCCACCGGAAAACUUCCUCCAGAUGCUAUUCCAGGGGACAUGGCCCUCCAGCAGUGCCUGCUGGGGAUGGAGUUCUCUGGUCGGGAUCCUAAAGGUCAGCGGGUCAUGGGUCUGCUCCCUGCUAGAGGCCUGGCCACCGCAGUGGAAGCAGAUCAACGCUUCCUGUGGGAGGUUCCCCUCAGCUGGUUAGUCACCGUCAUCACUCCGCUGCUCUCAUAG